AUGGAGUCGAGUGUGGACUCUGGAGCAGAGCUUUUCUCCUUGAUGGAAGACAGAAGUGCCCUCGGCCAACCGAAGACCCCAAACAUUGUAGAGGAUGACGGACGCGCCAUCUCUCUUCAAGUGCUGGAGUUUAAAACAAGUCUCCUGGAGGCGGUUGAAGAGCUGCAUAUUCGCAGGGACGCUGAAACGAGAUAUGAGGAGCAAAUUUGUAAACUUGUGCUGGAGAAGCAGGAGUUGGAAUGGCAGAAGGAGUCUUUGCAAAGUCAGAUUUCUAGAAUGUCGAACGAAAAUUCAGAGUCACUUGCCACUGUAAAAAAGCAGUUUCAGGCCCAAAUCAGAAAAAUCGAGGGAGAAAAGGGUAAGAACCAGUUGGCUGCUGAACUGAAAGACAAAGAAAACAUCAGCCUCAAAGAAGAACUUAAACAGCUGCAGUUGCUCAGGUACAGUUCGGAGAAGAAAUUAGGCGAGCUGGAGCAAAAGUUGCAGCUGCAGACGCAAACGAAAGACAGCCACCUGAACCAGCUGGGAGAAGUGGAGAGGCGUUUCUCUGCCAUCUCCAGACAGUGUGCCAUGGUCAAACAGGCUCAUGACAAACUCGAACUAAAUGUUGAAGAGGCCAUGCGAAUUAAUAAAAAGCUCACAUCCAUCAAUGGAAAACAAGAAUCUUCUAUUAAAGCCUUGAAAGAGGAUUUGGAGAGAGUUAACAAAGAGCUUGUCACAUUCAAAGUGUUGUCCGUCUGCAAACCUGGAGAGGAGCGUUUACAGAAUCUUCUGAAAGAGCAAGAGUUUCAACUCCUUCAGCAGAAACUCCUCGUGGAAACAGAACUUAACAAAAAACUGAGACAUGAAAUGUCCACAGAGAGUGUAGAGAAGCAGGAGGUAUUGAGGUCCCUCCACCGCAGUCAGAGUCUGCUGCAGAGGCAGACUGAAGCUCUGAGCCGAGCAGAGCACGAGAUUCGCAAACUCCGUGAAGAAUAUCAGGUCCUUAAAACAGAACACAAAUUGAACCAAGAGACGACUAAAGAAAAAGACGACAGCUUUGCUCGCUUGAGAAAUGAAUACCAAAAUUCUAAACUUGCUUGGGAAAAAGAGAUUCUGCAGUUGCAAAUGUCAACAGAGUCUGGUCAAGAAGAGCUGCAAGCGGUAAAAAAGGCGUAUAAUCAGCUUCAAGAAGAGCACAAACAGCUGUCUAUUUCUUCAGUUCAUAAAGUCAAAGAAAUUUAUAGCUCUGAGAUUGCCAUAAAAGAUAAAAAAAAUUCUCUUUGUACACCAUCUAAUGAGAUUAACCUUGUAGAGGUGAGCAGUCUCCAUGAAGAUCUUGAUGAGAGUCUUAUUAGUCCUCAUGAUAACCAUGAACCAACGUGUCACCCUGAUAAAGAUGUUCCAGGUAAGAAAGAAAGAAUGCACAGUUGUCUUCUCCAGCCAAGCUUGGCUAUAACUAAUAUUUUUAUACAGAAUGAUGUGAAGUGCAGGGAGGGAGGUGGUUACUGGAGUCUCUUUAUCAAGAAAGCUUACCUGUACUUCUCCUUUCCUCACACAGAUGAAAGCAUCGAGUUUCAAAAGGCUAGAAAAGAUGGCUGCUCUCAGAAGAACAACAAGGAACUUGACAUUCCAAUGCAGGAAGAUAGAACAGUACCUGUAGUCUCGCCAUCGGUUUCAACUGAUAACAUCUCAAGGCCUGAGGAUGUCAGUCCCAUGAUGAAGCAUCUGUCAAAGCUGUGUGAUGAAACAAAAACCGGUGUCAGUGAAAGUGAGCCAGUCUGCAAUGCACAAGAUAAAGGAUGCCCCUCAAACCCAGUCCAAAGUGACACAGACAGUUGUCUUGCUGAGCUAUCAGGGCCUGAAACCAGGUCUGUUUAUGGCGUAGACUGCGACCCUUUGGCUUUGAAACCGAAAGAUAUACCGCUGGAGCAGAAUCUGCGUAUUUCUGAAGACACUGAAUCCCAGACAUCAAAUAAACACAUGGACAGCCAGGGAUAUGCUACAUCUCAGUCCAAAGAAGUCAAAGACCACCAGAAUGCCACACCUGAAUUUUCGCAAAAACAAAGGCAUACAGUUUUGUUACACGACAAAACGAUUAUUACAAAAGAAAUUAUUGAUGUCCAACCAAACCCAAGACUUCAUGAGGAGCCUGAAACCAACUUUAAUACUGUGAGAGCUACAGUAAAUUCAGAUACACUCCUUUGCGAGUCCAAAGAUAAGUUCUCUCCACCUGAAUUGAUUUGUGAUCAUUCGCAAAGCGAGGUAUCCCAAAUGGGCGGCUCAACUGAAACAAGUUUCUACAAUGUAGUCAACGAGCUGGAAUCUGAAAAGCCACCUCUUGCUGAUCAGAGCACUUCAGUGACUGCAGCUGACACAGAGGAGGUCAUUUCAGAAAAUAACGAUAAAAACAAUGAUUCAGAAACAUUGAAAUCCCAACAGAUUGAAGUGGGUGUUUCUACUGAAGAAGCCAAGACGACAAACCCAGAACAAGAUCCUUCUUCUCCAGGGUCUACAAUGACAAGUGAACAAUCAGAUGCUGACCAGAAGAGCAUUCCAGCGAUAGAUACUUUACACCAUCCUGGAAAUAGAAGCUAUCAGUCAUCAUUUGCAUGGGAUGCUUUUAUGAAAGGGAAAAAGAUGCCACCCCCGACACCGUUAAAAACUAAGCUGUGGUCCUCUGGAUUUCAUGAGCUUGUAUCUCCAUUUUGUGCUCCCAUAUUUACAAAGAAUAAACUGGCCAAAACAGCCAUAAUGAAGACUUCUAACAGACUGGAAACCCCAAGCAAGCGUCCCCACCAAAUAAGUGACAGCCAAGGAGAGUGGAACGCUAUCAAGCAAUCUUUUUCUGAAAUGUUAACAGAGAAAGAGAAUCAAGUUCUUAUCUCCUACAGCUCAGCUCUGAGUGGCAGUCCAACCUCUUCUUUUGUGGGUAAUGGGCUGCGACAAAACUCCACUCCUACCGUUCCUCCUCCCAAACUCCAUAGCGUGGAGAAACCAACCCAGCCUAUGACAUGCAGUUCUGAAGAAAAAGAAGAACGAAAACAAUCUGAUAUAAUGGCCCAAAUUGCAAAAAUUGAGGAAUUCAUGUCCACUGAAGGUUUAAUGCCUCAAAAAAGACUCAAAACUGAUUGAUAUGUGCUAAAAAAAAAAAAUCAAUGCGUUCAUAAGUCGUUACAGAGUUUAAAAUGUGUUUGCAUGGAUAUGUUUCUAAACCUCCUCAUUAGUAGAUACAGUGAAUAUGACAAUUGAGUUAAUUGCUUACUAUAUUUCCAAAUCAUUUAACUAAAUAAAUGUUCAGUAUUUCAAGCAGCUUUAGUUUUACAGACUUUUUCAAAGGGUCAAAUGUUUGCAUUCGCUGCAUCAUGUUAACCUAUUGCUAAACAAGGUAAGUGAUAAACAUAAAACCUGUUAAUUACACCGCACAGGCUAAUUAACACUCAUUACUCCUAGACCAGCAUGUUCGUUCCUCAGAGGGCGUUUAAUGGCCAAACAUUGCUAAUUUACAUUUGAUACACAAACUGUGGCCAACUAUAACUUGGGAUAAUUAAA